GCGGCAGCCUAAUAUCAUUGGACGCUCGGCCGUUUUUCCCUGCUGUGAUUGGAGAAAUUGCCACGGCUCCGCUUCGUUCCCUCUUCAUCGAUGUGUUUACCGCCUUUCCUUUGAGUGGCCAUCGGUGCUGGAGGGAGGGGGAAAAGGGACUUGGAUGAGUUUGAAGAGGCAACAGAGGCUACGGAAAUGAAGAUGGCGGCGGUUUACGGGCAACCAAAAGAAAACUGGAUGAGCAGAAUUUCUUUGGCAGUUUGCUAUAUAUAUGUUAUAUCCAGAAUUUGAAAGUACACAAGAAACCAGAGACAGACGAAAACAUAUAGCAAAAGCAAUCAAUUGCAAAGUUGCCAAUUGUCACAACUGUGUGAUGGAGGGCGAGUUUAAGAGGAGAAUGAGAAAUUUCAUGAUGCGUCUCCAAGAUGAGAAAGAACUAUCUAACGGUUCAUCAUCAACAACAACUUUAAUAGAAGCAAGGAGACGUAUUGAGCUACAUACUUCGAGAUCACACAACUAUCAGUUUUCCAGACAUCAGGAAGACAUUACAACACAUGUGAUCCAGCAGGAAGUGGCAUGCCAUGAUUCCUGCUCUACCAAAUGUCACCACCUGGAAGAUCGUCUUACAACUGAAAGAAGUUUGAUGGAGAUAAAACCGGAAGAACACCUGAAGUAUGCUCCAGUGCAGGACUUUAGAAGGAACAUUUCAGAUGAAGCAUUACAGGUAUACAAACUGAAAAGAGAGAAUUUGUCUCUCAGAUGCAAGAUUGAAAAACUAGACGUAGAGAAGGAGGAAAUCUUGAAAGACAAUAAAUACCUUAAAGAAGAACUUAACAGAAAGAAAGUCAUAAUUUCUCAUCUGCUGACGGAUAUAGAAGAGUUCCACUGUGAGAAAAAGCAGCUUACUGAUAUUAUUCGCUGCCUACGUUGGAAGAAGCAGCAAUUGUGUGAAAAGUUUGAGGAAAAACUGAACAGGUGA